UCCUUGCUUUUCUGUUCACCACCCUGACCCCCAGGUCUAUAAAAAAUAGUACCUGUACAGUACGUGUCUUUCUCUCGCUCUCGACUCACCCGCUCCCGGCUUGCUUUGUCUUUCGAUGGCCACCCACUCCGACUCCUCCGUCCCGCGCGCCCGCGCACUCUCAAUCCCUUCCACGAAGCGUCCCCGCCUCUUGCCUGCGUUAGCCGUGCCGCAGGGCGUCUAUGUAGGCAUCGAAAUCCAUCCCGUUUUUCCCACUCCCGCGUUCUCCAUCUACGUGCACGACGGUUUCUAUGAAGUGGACUUCACAACCCAGAUUAUGGCCGACACACAGGGCUUUCACGAAAUUUCCGACACGGACCAGCCGACACCGCCCGUUGACUCCACAAGCGAUGUCGGAAGAGUAGCGAUGGCUGACAUCGCCGACUUUGUUAGCAAAGACUACCUCACCCGGAUGGAAACCGCCAUACUGGCAUGGCUCAAGGCAUACGCCGCGUCUCACCGAUACAAGAUCAUGGCGGCGGGAAUCGGAGCCCCGAAAGGACACAACAUCCAAGAGGCGGCCGGCAAGAGCUUUCUGCUGUGGACCCACGUUGCAUCCAGACUGCUGCGUCUGCAUGCCAAGCUGUGGUUUGAGCUGGACGUUCUUCCCGUCUUUGUGAACACGCGAGGCGUCAGUCUCGACGAACGGGCGUGCUCGGCUGCCCGGAAGGCCCAAAUCUACCUUAACCCGCACUUUUCGGGUAACAUCCCUCGAAUCGUGGUCGGCUAUAGACACAUGGUGGAGAUUGAUGGCGAUGGCAGCAUUCGCCUUGCCGACGCGGUUGACUACCAACGUACGGUCACCGCCCACACAUGGACGGUCUUCAAAGACCUCGUCGGAAAGACGGAAAAGCGGCGCGUCAAGAUCGCGUUUUUCAGUUCGACAAGCCAGGGUGGCGGGGUUGCGCUUAUGCGUCACGCGCUCCUCCGGCUCUUCGGCCUGACAGACCUCGACGUUAAGUGGUUUGUGAUGAAGCCAAAUCCAGCCAUUUUCGAAAUUACCAAACGCAAGUUCCAUAACGUUCUGCAGGGUGUUGCACCCUCAGGCACCGAACUGACCGACAAGGACAAGGCGUUAUUUGUGCACUGGUGCAACGAGAAUGUGAAACGGUACUGGGCCGAUGGACCGCUGAAAGAAUCGGAUGUCAUUGUUAUCGAUGAUCCCCAACCGUGCGGUAUCAUUCCGGCCAUCAAGCGCCUGAAUCCACGCUGCAAAAUCAUUUACAGAAGUCACAUCGAAAUUGCUUCUCACCUCGCGGACGACCCAAAGACCGAGCAGCACCAUGUGUGGCAGUACCUGUGGGGUUUCAUUCAGCAUGCGGAUCUGUUCAUAUCGCACCCCGUCGCGAGUUUCGUGCCAAAAAUCGUUCCGAGGACCAAGUUGUUGAUGAUGCCUGCGUGCACGGACAUGUUAGACGGUCUCAACAAGGAGCUUGAUCCCGAGGCUUUGACCUACUACCAAUCGCUUUUCAACCGGAUCGCCACCGACGCCGUGGGUCGCGGAGCAGAAUUUGGCGAGCGUCCGUACAUUGUUCAGAUUGCGCGCUUCGAUCCUAGCAAGGGAAUCCCGGACGUCCUGCGGGCCUACCGCGCCCUCCGUCUUCGCCUCGAGGCCGAAAAUGUUCCAAUCGCGCUUACCCCUCAGCUUAUCCUCGCGGGUCACGGAUCUAUCGACGACCCCGAUGGCAAUCUGGUUUUUGAACAGGUGCUCGGUACCUUAGCGAACACCGAGUUUGAGAAUAUAGUAGACGACAUUGUACCCGCCUGCCUCCCGCCAUCGGAUCAAAUGCUCAAUUGCCUUUUGCGAGGCGCUCUUGUCGCAUUGCAGCUCUCCACCAGAGAAGGAUUUGAGGUGAAAGUGACUGAGGCGUUGCAGAAAGGCGUUCCGGUUGUCGCCUAUGCCGCUGGUGGAAUCCCCCAUCAGAUCAUUGAUGAAAAAACGGGGUUCCUCGUCCCGGUUGGCAACGUCGAGCAAGUCGUGGAGCGCCUGCACGCCUUGGUGACGAACCCGAAAUUGCGCGAGCGCCUGUCGCGAGCGGCUCGGCAGAAUGUUAAUGAGGAUUACUUCACGGUUGUCUCCGCAAUCAACUGGAUGUUUCUGUUCAACCACGUCCUGGACAACAAACCGGUUCCCGCGCUUGAACCAGAAACGGCCAGCAAUGCCGACGAAGCGGUCGCUGCCUUCGAACGCGGCAGACGGAGUUUGAGCGGAAAUGUUUUGUGGGUGAAGGUACGUGUGCAGGCUCUUUUGUCUCUCCGCGAGUAA